AUGACUGCCGACCCACCCUUGUCGGGGCUGCGCGUCCUCGAACUGUCAGGAUUAGCACCAGGACCCUUCUGUGGCCUCCUACUAGCCAACUGGGGUGCCAACGUCCUUCGCGUGGACCGGCCGGGUCCUGACCCCACCUCUGACCUCCUCACCAGCCACAAAUCCUCUAUUGCCCUAGACUUGAAAGACCCUCAAUCGCUGGCCAUCUUCCUUUCUCUUCUCCCGAAGGCCGACGUCCUCAUCGACCCCUUUCGGCCCGGCGUGCUAGAAAAACUCGGCUUGGAUCCGGCAACGGUCCUCCUGAAGAAGAACCCCCGCUUGAUUGUCGUCAGAUUGACGGGGUUCCGUCGUGAUGGGAAAUACAGCGCAAUGGCCGGCCACGAUAUUAACUACCUGGCGGUUUCGGGCGUGCUGUCCAUGCUUGGGGCGCGGAACACCCCUCCGCUCCCACCGGGCAAUAUCCUCGCAGAUUUCGCGGGCGGUGGCAUGGUUGCGUUCGCUGGUGUGCUCUUGGCUCUAAUCCAUCGACAAACAAGCGGCAAAGGCCAGGUUGUCGAGGCCAAUAUGGUGGAUGGCGUAAGCUAUCUCGGAACUUUUCCACGCCUCUUGACGAAGGAAGCGAUGUGGAACGCCGAGCGCGGCACCAACACCCUCGACGGUGGUGCGCCUUACUAUGGAUGCUAUGAAUGCAAAGAUGCCGGAAAGUAUAUGUCAGUCGGGGCAUUGGAGCCGCAGUUUUAUGCUGAGCUGCUGAAAGGGCUGGGCUUCAAACCCGAAGAAGUCGUUCCAGGCGGUUUGGAUCGAUUGGACAAACGUUCCUGGCCAUAUAUGCGCGAGGUGUUCACCCAGCGAUUCAAGACCAAGACGCGCGCGGAGUGGGAGCGCAUCUUUGACGGGACAGACGCAUGCGUCGCCCCCGUGCUUGAGCACAAGGAGAUGGAGGCCCAAGGGUACGAUCAGCGGCCGAUCGUAGGCUUGACCGCCUCUCCGGGUAGAGAUGUCGAUAUGCCUUGGAAAGGCCAGCCGUCGAGGCCUGGAGAGGGCGCCGAGUCCGCCUUGAGUGAUUGGAUGGGGUGGAGCAAAGGCAGAGACUACGAAGUCUCCUCCAAGGGAACAUUUCUGAAGAGGGAGAAGAGUAAGCUAUAG